AUGUUUUUUUUGGGGGUGUGUGGGUGUGUGGUUGGGGGGGGUGUGUGUUUGUUGUGUUGGGGGUUUGGUUUGGUUGUGUUUGGGGUUGUUGUUUUUUGUUUGUUGGUUGUUUUUUUGUGGUUUUGGGUUUGUGUGUUGUUUUUUGGGUUUGGUUGGUUGUGGUGGUGGGUAUUGUUUUUGGGUAUGUUUUUUUUGGUUGGUGUUGUUGUGGUUGGGGGUUGGGGGGGUGGGGUGGUUUUGGUUUUUGGUUUUUUUUGGGUGGGUUUUGGUGUGAUUUUGUGGGUUUUUGGGGUUGUGUUGGGGUUUGUGGGUGGUUUGGUUGGUGUGUGUUGUGGUAUUAGGGUGGUGGGGGUGUGUUGGUGUGUGGGGGUGUGGGGGUGGUGUGUUUGGUGGGUUGGGGGUGUGUUGUGGUGUGUGUGGGGUGUGUGUGUGUGUGUGGGUGGGUGUGUUUGUUGUGGGUGUGUGUUUGGUGUUUUGUUUGGUGUGGGUUGUGUGUGUUGUGUGGUUUGUUGUGUUUUUGGUUGUGUGUGUGGUUUUUUGGGGGGGUGUGGUGUGUUUUUGUGUGUUGUGGUGUUUGGUUUUUUUUGUUUUUUUGUGGGGGGGUGUUUGGGUUUUUGUGUGUGUGUGGUGUUGGUGUGUGUGGUGUGUUGUGGGUUUGUGGUGUGUGAGUGGGGGUUUGUGGUGUGUGGUGUGGGUGGGUGUUUUGUUUGUGUUGUGUUUUUUUUGGGUUGUGUGGUGUUUGUGGGGUGGUUGUGUGUUUUUUGGUGUGGGUUUUUGUGGAGUGUUGUGUUGGGGGUGGGGGGGGUUUGGUGGUGUGUUUUUGGGUGUUUUUGUGUUGUUUGUGGUGUGUGGGGGUUUUUUUUGGUGUGUGGGUGGUGGGUGUUGGGUUGGGGGUUUGGGUUUGUGUGGGGUUUGGGGUGGGUGGGUUUGGUGUGGGGUGUUUUUUUGUGGGUUUUAGGGUGUGUUGUGUGGGAGGUGGGGGUGGUGUGGGUUUGUGGUGGGGGGUUUUGUUGGUGGUGGGGGGGGGGGUGUGGGGGUGUGGGGGGGUGGUGGUGGGGUUGGUGUUUGUGGUGUUGUGUGGUGGUGUUGUUGUUUUGUUGUUGGGGUUUGGUUUUUGUUGGGUUUGGUUUUGUGGUGUGGGUAGUUGAUUUUGUUUUUGUUGUGUUGUGUGUGUUUGUGUGUUGGUUGUGUUGGGUUGGUUGGUUGGGUUUUGGGUGUUGGUGUGGGUGGUGGGGGGGGGGGGGGGGUGGUGUGGGGUUGUGUUGUGGGGUGUGUGUUGUUGGGUUUGGUUGGUGGGGUGGAUUUGUUUGGUUUUGUUUUUUGUGGGGUGGUGUUGGUGUUGGUUGUUUGUUUGUUUGUUGUUUGUGUGUGGUUUUUGGUGUGUGGGGGUGGGUUGGUUUUGUGGGGUGGGAUUUUGAAGAAGUAGGGGGAGUGAAGUUGGAAGAAGAGUGGGGGGGGUUGGGUUUGAAAUUGAUAUGGAGUGGGGUGGGGGUUGGGUGUGGUAGUUUGUUGUUUGGGAGUGGUUUUGGGGGUUUAAGGUUGUGGUUUGAGUGUGUGUUUUGUGGUUGUGGGUUUUAUUUUGUGUUUGGGUUUUGGUGUGUGUGUUGUGUGGGGUUUGGGGUGGGUGUUUUGUUGUGUGGUGUGUGUGGUGAUGGUGGUUUUGGUGGGGUUAUGUUGGGGUUUGGUAGGGUGGUGGGGGUAGUGGGUUGGGGUGUGUUGGAGUGGGUGAAGAGUUGUAGGGGGGGGGUGAGUGGAGGGUGGAGGUGGGGGGGUGGAUGGGGUGGGGAUGGGUGGGAUAUGGGGGGGGGGGGGGGGGGUAUGUGUGGGGGUGUGGUGUUGGGGGGGGUGGGGGAUUAA